AUGAAGGUUGUUAGCUUCAAUGUGAGGGGGACUGGCAGUAGAUUGAAAGGGCGUGCUGUUAGAGAGCUAGUAGGGAGAGAACAGAUUGAUCUUUUGUUUUUACAGGAAACAAAGGCACAAAAUGUGGAUAUUCGUCUUUGUCGUUCCUUGUGGGGAGAGGGGGACUACGAGUGGCAGGCUUUACUAGCAGUUAACAGAGCGGGAGGUCUAAUCUGUAGGAAGGGGGUAUUUUCUCUCUCUGAUGUUCACAUGGGCACUAGUUUCAUUGCUCUGGUGGUUUGUUGGGAGAACCUGCCUCAGCAGUGUGUGAUAGUGAAUAUAUACUCCUCGUCUUCCUUUGAGGAAAAGAGAUCUCAAUUGAGGGAACUAGUUGAAUGGAAAUCUUCUUUCCCGAACAUCCCUUGGUGUAUUGAGGGCGACUUCAAUGCGAUAAGAAGUAAUGAUGAAGGGAGAGGUUCUGGAUCAAGUCAGUAUCAUGGUGGGAGGGAGAUGAGUGCUUUCAAUAAUUUCAUUGUUGAAAUGGAACUGCUGGACAUUCCUCUUCAUGGAAGAAAAUUCACUUGGAUCAGACCCAAUUGGAGCGCUUUGAGUCGCUUGGAUCGUUUUUUCGGACGUUUCAUAUCACUGCCCACUUAUGAUUUUGUGAAGUUUGUUGCAAAAAAAUGGCGAAGUCUUAAUGGUUAUGGGAAGGGAGCAUGCGUUCUAAAGGAGAAACUGAAAUUGCUGAAGAAGGACCUCAAACAGUGGAAUAAAGAAAUUUUUGGGGACUUGAAUGAGAAGCGUAAGACCUUGGUUACCUCUCUAAAUGACAUUUAUUUGAAGGUUGAAGGAGAGGAUUUGUCCAUGGAAGAGGUUCGCUCGCGACAUGCACUCUUGGCGAGUUUUGGAAAAUUUCAAAGAUGA